AUGUCGUGUAAUGUGCAUGUUGAAUACGAUAGUUAUGUGCAUUUUGCCGUGAGGAUCUCCGACUAUCUGACACACGUGUGUAGUACCAAGUCAUCAAUCGAUUACAAAGCAGUGGCGUGGUACCUGAGGAACUAUAGGAAAUGCACUAAUAAGGAAAAUUUGCCCAUUGAGGAGCUAGAAGUUAUUUAUCGCAGGUUAAUUGAGAAUUUGAUACAUGAUAAGUGUAUAGAUGUAGUGAAUAGUGAGGGAGAUAAGAGGAUCAUAAAGCCUAAUGAUGAUUUCAUGAUCUGGCCCUGGAGGAGGCAGGUGCAAUAUCUGGAACAGUCACUUAAUUUUAGCAAUUAG